UCUCUCCGGAUUUUCAACUCAAGAAAAUCACUGUCUGCGCAACAAUGAAACUACGACUACAACCGCUUUGGCGGUCGCCUUUUGGCACUCUCAGACCUCACUCACAAAUACGCUUUGCCAGCCGCCUGCGCGCCCGUCUCGAUAUCCCCCCUCCAUUCCCCGUCACCAAAUCAUGUCCCGAACCCAGUUGCGAUUGCCCGCCAACGCCUGCGAUGCCAGAGGGGCUUCCGGUUGAUUAUGAACAACCGUUGAAUGGAACCAUGGCUGCAUAUGCGCAGCAGUUGUUAAUCUGUACCGGGCAGCGGGAUUGGACGAGUCGCAUUGAGGAUGAUGGGAAGGAGGAGGGUUGGGGGGAUCUUGCAAGAGGAUUGAAGAAGUUACUUGGGCGUGGUGGUCCUUAUGCUGACCCGUUCAAUAAUAUCCUCGUUUCGAACUCCUCACUGUCCGCGUCCUCGUCCUCCUCGUCCGCUUCGGCCUUUCUCUUCCCCAGCUUUAAAUACUUUCCCUCGAUCCCCGUCGCCGAUCAAGAUGCAACGGAUUCGAAUCUGUCAAGCUUCGUCCAAGCCUUCCUCCUCCCCGAAAAACUACACCCCAUGCAAGAAGCCUCCCUCCCCGAGUCCAAACGAGACCAACUAGUCCGUGUCCCAAACUUAGCAUCCCAAUUCCCCGGCGCAAUCGACAUCCACCAAUCCCCCGUAAUCCUCAUCUGCGGCCACGGCGGUCGCGACAUGCGCUGCGGAGUUAUGGCACCAGUCCUUGAAACCGAAUUCGACCGUGUUCUCUCCGCGCGCGGGUUUUCUACUUCCAUUAGUGAUAACAAGACAAUCGACAACCCGGAGCACGCCCAUAUCGGACUGAUCAGCCAUAUCGGGGGACACAAGUAUGCUGGGAAUGUGAUUAUCUAUGUUCCACCGGGGAUGAAGAUGCGCGAUAGUGCUCCCAACCCGCUGGCCGGGAAGGGUAUUUGGUAUGGACGUGUUGAACCAAGGAAUGUAGAGGGGAUUGUCGAGGAGACUGUUUUUGGGGGGAAGGUGGUUACGGAUCAUUUUCGGGGUGGGAUUGGGAGAGAUGGGGGGAUUUUACGGUUGUAGAAGAGGUCCUGUAUAUGAAGAAUUACCGAUGACAUAGGUACUAGAGGUAUCUAGGACAAUUGAUGUAAAUGUACAGAGUAUUGCUGUGUUUUGUAGAUGCAAACUGAAUCUAUGAUGUAGACG